UGAAAUGCAGGCGGCCAUAUUACAUUAGCAAACACACUCACGCGGUGCUGCAGUUGGUUGAUGCUGUGAAGUGCAGCUGUAUUUUAGACAAGCUCUGUCGAUUUAGCGCACGUUAGCUGGAAGAUGAGCGGCGGCACGCCAUAUAUCGGCAGUAAGAUCAGUCUGAUCAGUAAAGCGGAGAUCCGGUAUGAAGGCAUUCUCUACACCAUCGACACAGAGAACUCCACCGUCGCGCUCGCCAAAGUGCGCUCCUUUGGCACCGAGGACCGCCCCACGGACCGCCCCAUCGCACCCAGGGAUGAGAUAUUUGAGUAUAUUAUAUUCAGAGGAAGUGACAUCAAAGAUCUGACGGUGUGUGAACCCCCCAAACCGACAUGCUCUCUGCCCCAGGACCCCGCCAUUGUUCAGUCCUCUCUGGGAUCUUCCACUGUCCCACCAUCAUCCCUCCAGUCUGGGACCUCCUAUGGGCUGUUCAACCGUCCACAAGUCACGCCUUACACCCAGGUCUACCCCAGCCCUCUGGUCUCACCGCAGUUUGGCACAGCUGGAGUCGAUCAUGCCAAUCUGGCUCUGAACCUUCUGAGAAAGAGCCCCCCAGCAGAACCUGCUUCCUCCUGCGCACCUGCGGUCACAGCCCUCGCCCGCAAGAGCCCCGUGGAAACUCGUGCAGCCUCCACCAACACCCAGACGCCUGCGGACCUCCCCGAACAGAACAGGGGCGCGGAUGUCCCGAAACCAAGCGUACCAGAAUCCAGUCAGUCCAGAGGAGGAAACGGGGACGCUUCGAAACGGCUCGCAGAUGGUGGUCCUCCUGUGCGCCGCGGUCGUGCCGGAGGUCAUCGUGGUAGAGGACGCUUCCCUGUGCAAAGAGAAGGACCCAUGAAGUUUGAGAAAGACUUCGACUUUGAGAGCGCCAAUGCUCAGUUCAACAAAGAUGAUCUUGACAAAGAGUUCCAGAGCAAACUCAAACUGAAAGAUGAGAAGUCCGAUAAAGCUUUGAACGGCGAGGAUAAAGCUGAUUCAGGGGUCGAACCUCAGAACAGCGAAGGAAACGCUGAUGAGGAAGAUCUUCUCAGGCCAAACUGCUACUACGAUAAAUCCAAGUCCUUUUUUGACAACAUCUCCUGUGACGACACAAGGAAGGAGAGGUCUGGAGUGUCCAGUUUCCCCCGAGAGAGGAGGCAGACCUGGGCGGAGGAGCGGAGGAUGAACUCGGAGACGUUUGGCAUCUCGUCACGGCGGGGCCGCGGCGGCUACAGAGGUCGCGGUGGCAUGGGCUUCAGAGGGGGCCGCGGAGCCGGACGGGGGUGGUUCGGAUCUCAUCCUGGAGGAAGUGGCUUCAGAGGAGGAUUCAGAGGAAGUCAAGGAGGAAGAGAGUUCUCUAAUUUUGAAUACAGGAAGGAUAACAAAAUGGCUGCGUAGUGAUGAGAGGAGGUGGAUCCAGAAGACCUGAUCUGUGUGGGAACUGCAUUUUGGGUCACUGAGGAGGAGACAAACGUACGUGUUGUAAAUCUGUCACCAGCACUGGGGUUCGACUGCUUGAAACCUGGAUCUUAAUGAAACAACUUCUCCAUUUCUUCCUGAGGAGUGCAACAUAUGCUAUUUUUGGAAGUGUUAAUUUGAUAAUAAUAUCUCCAGAUGGUUUCAGAUAUAUUAUGAUUUCUGAGGGACUUUUCCUUCGUUUGCUGACCUUCAAUGCUCGACCUGUAUUUGAUAUACCGCUGCUUACAGCUAACAGAUUAUAAUCUCAAACAAUAUAUCCUGAUGACUUUGAUCACUAUUUUUGCUAUAAAAGAUCUUGCAGUGUAUUUAGCAUCAAAACAGAACCUGAAAACCAGUUCUACAUUGUCAUAUCUUUCCAACGUAAUUUCAUUCUUCAACUUCAGACAUCAUUAUUCCCAUUCCUGUAGUAAGUAGAUUUAAGUAAGUAGAGGCUUUGAUUUCUUUGGCUGUGAGAGAUCUGUAGUUUCUCUUGCGGUUCCUCAUCAGGACCAGCGCUUCGAGACGUGUCAGUAUUGAUAGUUUCACUAAAGGACAUUUUAGAUUUAAUGGAGAAAAACACAGAAAUGAUGUCUUCAGGGAAACUGUUCCUUUACGAAUCUAAAAUAGCGUAACUUUAAAUGACACGAUACGGUCAAGCAGUGCAAAGCGACCUCUGUGAUGUGUUUAUAUAUCCUGUGGGUUUGAUUUAUAUUUGACAAGGCCCAUUUCUGCAGUGUGUAGCACUUUGUAGCAGACGUUUACUGAGAAGUGAACGUCCUUUACUCUGUGAGUCUACAGAAACCUAUGCUGCAGUUACUUUGACUAUGCUUUCUUGCCACUUUUAAGCUUCUACCACUUUCAACAUUCAGAUCACGUCUUUCACCUCCUAAAACAUCAGGUGAGCCCAGAGCCGACUGGAGGAUUGAGUUUUCUUCUGCUUUCUGACCGCUGGAAAGCCAGAAUGUGUUGUUCUGAUUCAGAUGAUGUUUAUCGUUUCCCAUCUCUCCUCGUUCAGCUGCUGUGUUUUAUAGUCACUGACUGCACUAGCAUGAUGUCACCAGGUCAUGUGACCUCAUGCACAUUGUGAUGUCAUAGCCACACCUACGCAUCGCAUUUUGAUUGAAUUUCAUUUUGUAACCACAUUCACAUUAGAGUUUUUGCUGUGGAAUAAGCACAAUGAUGCAAUUUUUUUUUUUUUUCAUAGAUUUCUGGCUGAAGUUGAACGUUUGAUAUUUUAACUGGCCAGUUUUUCGAUCCUCCGUUCACUUCAGGUUUGAUUGUGUGGCUGUGACAUCACUCGGUUAAAUGUUUGUUUAAACUGUUGGGAUCGCUGGGUUAGUUGAUAAUGAAAUGAACUGUUUUCAGAUUGUAGCAUUUAUUAAAGUCCAAGUUUGUAAAACGCAAA